AUGGCACUUUAUCCAUAUGGUCUGAUGCCAAUUCCAGAGAAUGAAACUAUCUUAUUCUCCAAUCAAGCAGUGCUAAUGGAGCCAAUCAUUCCAUACAAGUCUCCCUCUUCGAUCUGGAAAUGCUCUCACCCGGACUGUAUUGCAUAUCCACGCUCUAAGAGAGCCAUUCUCUGUCGAGCAGUGCAGCGACCUCUCCGAGCAUUUAUAUUCAUUCUUGGCAUCCUCACUCUUGCAUGGCAAUGCUUCCUUUAUGUCUUUCAACAUGAUCUCGCCUUGGAUGUUUUCCCCGGUGAACGCCACUCGAGUCUUUCCAACUGGUCUAACUACGGCGUCAUCCCCGUACCAUGCAACUCGCACAACGACUACUGGCGUCAUAUUCCCCUACUCUCAGCACUUCGUGCGGGAUGUACCGGCGUCGAGGUUGACGUCUGGCCAUGGGGAAGUGAUAUACUAGUAGGCCAUUCACGUUCCACAGUCCUCCGGGGAACCCUACAGAGCCUCUAUCUUGACCCGCUACUCAACAUGCUCAACACACACAAUGCACCUCCUUCUCGCAACUGGUCGAAAGUUACGAGUCAGGAAAUGGUCGGAUUGUUUUCCUAUGACCCAAAACAGACCCUGACCUUGCUCAUUAAUUGCAAAACCGAAGGUGAUCGGACCUGGCCUCUUCUUGUUGAACAGCUGAAUCCGUUGCGUGGAAAGGGCUACCUGACUCACUUCAAUGGCUCGGAUGUUGUGUACGGCCCAAUUACUGUCGUCGUUGGUGGAGAUGCGCCUUUGCAUAUGAUCGUCGAGAACUCGACCUACCGCGACAUCUUUUACGAUGCACCUCUUGGCAACUUGACAUUUUCCACUGGAAUAACGGCAGAUUACAACAAAAUAAUGGAUUCCACCUAUAACCCAUCCAAUAGCUAUUAUGCAUCAACGGAUUUCCGCAAAGAUAUUGGGCCUCUCUCUCUUGGCCGUCUGUCGGAUACUCAGCUUGCUAUUCUUCGGAGGCAGAUACAUGCUGCUCAUGAGUUGGGAUUGAAGGUACGGUAUUGGGGAACUCCCACCUGGCCAAUUGGACUGCGGGAUCAUGUUUGGCAUGUACUGGUGCACGAGGGUGUGGAUGUGUUAAAUACAGAUGAUCUACGUGGUGCAACUAAGCAGGACUGGAAGCCUCGCCACUGGUGGCAGUGGUGGGUAUAA